CGGGAUUUGAGAGAGGAGGGAUUUCAUUCACCGCUUUGAGGAGGCUAUUCCGUCGACAACGAACUGAUCGUUUGAAUCAUUUAUUGGUUAGAAGAUGGACCUUCCGGACGUACGGCUCAAUCAUACAAUCUACAUUAACAAUUUGAAUGAGAAAAUCAAGAAAGAUGAGUUGAAGAAGUCGUUGUACGCCAUCUUCUCCCAGUUUGGACAGAUUUUGGACAUCUUGGUCGCACGAAACAUGAAGAUGAAGGGUCAGGCCUUUGUUAUUUUCAAAGAGGUUAACAGUGCUUCCAAUGCUCUGAGAUCCAUGCAGGGAUUUCCUUUUUACGACAAACCUAUGCGUAUCCAGUAUGCCAAGAUAGACUCAGACAUCAUAGCUAAAAUGAAGGGGACUUUUGUGGAGCGUGAUCGUAAAAAGAAGGAGAAGAAGGUCAAAGGAGCAGAUGCAGGGACCUCUAAGAAGGGUCUACCAGGAGCUGUUCCCAUUGUUGCGCUGCCUGGUUCCGUGCCUGGAAUGCCUCCCAUGAGCCCGGCUCCCCGUAUGUUGCACAUGCCGGGCCAGCCGCCUUAUAUGCCUCCUCCUGGCAUGAUGCCUCCUCCAGGGAUGGGUCAGAUGCUCCCUGGUGGCAUGCCUGGCCAGAUCAUGCCAGGACAGAUGCACAUGCCCCAACAAAUUGCAGAAAAUCCUCCCAAUCACAUCCUCUUCCUCACCAACCUGCCAGAGGAGACAAACGAACUCAUGCUCUCAAUGCUCUUCAACCAGUUCCCCGGGUUCAAGGAAGUGCGUCUGGUCCCUGGUCGUCACGACAUCGCGUUCGUGGAAUUUGAGAACGAGGUGCAAGCCGGAGCUGCACGUGACGCACUACAAGGCUUUAAGAUUACACAAACGAACGCCAUGAAGAUCUCGUUUGCUAAGAAAUAACUCUAUUCAAGUCUGCUCUUUUUUUUCUAACAUGCUUGCACACCGGCCUUUUAAAAAAAAAUGUACAUCAGUAACCCAAACGAAAGACAUUUUUAGAAAUUGACGCUCAAGAGUGCCAUUUGGGCUUUGUUUUCUUCUCCUCCCCCUUCGUCCAGGAUGACAUGUAAGUAUAAAUGUUUGCAUCACGUUGCUUUCUCUUAUCGUACCACACUUGCAGAACUUUUGAAAACGAAUGGCAGGUAAAUGUAUGGAGGUGUUCUUCAUCCUACUGAUUGUAUCAUUCCUGGGUUUCUUUUCUUCUACUCAAAUCAUCGAGCAACUUGAUGCAUCUUCUGUAUUUUGUUGUCAUGAAGCAUUGCACCCAGGGUCUGGUCUACCAGACAUUGUACCUGGCGCUUUUCUGUUUUUAUAAUUAAAAUAUUUUCUCUUUGAGAACAUG